AUGGAAACCCGUGCAAGAAGUGCCAAUAGUAGGGGCAGGCAGCCGCAAAAUGAGGCUAGCGAAACCAACAACCUUAACGGGCAGUUCAUGCAGUUCAUUGAUGCCAUCCGCAACAUGACGCCACUUGCCACACCACCAGUUGCACCUCCCCAAGAAAACCUAAGAAAUAAUGCUACCCUGGUUGAGCAGCAUUGGUGGGAUUCUACUGCCAGAUCCCGACCCCAGGGACAUGGGUGGACCUGGGAUCAGUUCAAGGAACUUUUUCUUAAGAAGUAUUACCCCGCUAACAUCCGUAACCAGAAGGAAGCAGAGUUCCUCAUGUUAAAACAAGGUAGCUUGACCUUAAUUGAAUACGAAAGGAAGUUUGAUGAGCUAUCACGUUUUACCCCAGCCUUAGUGGAUACAGAACAAAAGCGGGCAAGGCGCUUUGAACAAGGGUUGAGACAUGAUUUACGGCAGGCAGCCGUAACUUUUGAGUUAGGCACGUAUCAUGAGGUGCUAGCUAAGGCCCAACUGGCGAACUUUAGAGAAAGCUCCAGCAGCAAUAGCAAGCUAUCGCAGUCUGGACCACUAGAAAAAUGUAAGUGGGAGAAUAAAGGUAAAGGAAAGCAGGAUUAUUCGAAGAAGAAUAAAGGAGGCGAUCCAACAUCAGGGUAUUAUCAAUUGAACCCAGUGUGUGGCAAAUGUCAGAAGCGUCAUACUGGACUGUGUCUCAUGGGAACCGGCGCCUGUUACAAUUGUGGUGAAAUGGGUCAUGUUGCCAAAUUCUGUCCCAAGGGUCAUCUAAAGAAACAACAGCAACAGCCAUAUCAACAGAAGCCAGGAAAUCCCCCAAAGGGUCAAGCUAGGGUUUAUGCUCUCUCAAGGCAAGAGGAGGAUCAAGAUCGUAACGUAUUCGCAGGUAACAUCCUCAUCUCUAGAAUACCUGCUUAUACUUUGUUUGAUUCUGGUUCCACCCAUUCUUUUAUAUCCCCUAAGUUUGCAAGUAAACUUAAUCCACAUGUGGAACAUCUUUCCAAGCACCAUGCGACCAUUCUAUGCUUCGAAAAGGAAAUAGUUUGUAAGUAUCCUGAAGGGAUAGAACUUUGCCUUUCAAUGGCUGAGACAAAACACCUUCCCCGUGUCAUUUCAGCAUUAAAAGCUAAGAAACUAUUGCAGUCAGAAGGAUGUAUUGGAUUCUUAAUGUCAGUGAUGGUUAAGGGAGGAAAAGAAUUAAAAAUGAAUGAUGUUAAAGUAGUAAAGGACUUUCCAGAGGUCUUCCCUGAUGACCUGACUGAAAUGCCACCAGAAUGA